GUACAUCUCUCCUUGAAACCUUAUGAGCUUAAACGCUACCCCUUUAAAACUGGCUUCGAUCAUUCUGAUCUUGACAUUAAGUAUCAUUGUCACUAUAUUAGCAUGGAGCAAGUGAAGAAUAGCCUAAUUGGUUUGGUUGCUGGAAUUAACGGUGGAUUUGCUUCAGUUUAUGUUGGACAACCAUUAGAUACUAUUAAAGUUAAGAUGCAAACGUUUCCGGAAGUUCACCCGUCAACAUGGAAGUGUCUCCGAAUUACGCUUGCGAAAGAUGGGAUCGCUCGCGGACUCUAUGCAGGAACUGUCCCGUCACUUGUUGCAAAUGUUGCUGAAAAUGCGGUGUUAUUCUGUGCUCUUCCACCCUCUGAACAUCUAAUAGCCGGUCUCUGUGGAGUGGAUACUAGUCAUCUCUCAGUACUACAGCAUGCACUUGCCGGUAGUAUAGCUGCUUUUUGGUCGAGUCUAACUCUUUGUCCAACCGAAUUAGUUAAGUGCAAAGUUCAGUCAAUGAGAGAAAUGACUGAAUUAGGACACAUAAAGGUUGACGUCAAAAAUUUAGGUCCAUGGGCCGUAACAAAGUCAAUAUACAAGGAAAAAGGUUUCAAAGGAUUUACUUGUGGUUUAGGUGCUACAUUUGCCAGAGAAAUGCCUGGUUAUUUCUUCUUUUUUGGUGGGUACGAAGCAUGUAGAACAUUGAUGACUCCUACUAAUGGACGUAAAGAAGAUUUGGGUCCUAUUAAGACUGUUAUCGCUGGUGGAAUAGGUGGAGUUUCACUGUGGGUGGCGAUAUUUCCAUUCGAUGUUGUUAAGUCUCGCAUGCAAAUUGGACAUCAUACUGUCACAUCAUCCUCAAUCGCUCAUGGAAACGAAGUCAGUAAGCAAAGAAGCAUGUUUUCCGUCCUGUUAGACAUCAAGAGAAAUGAAGGUAACUGCCUGUUGUUUUGUUAUCCUAUAUUUUUUGCAUACAGAAACCAUGUAGAUAGAGGUGUUAUUUUCCACACCUAGAUGCCUGCUCAUAUUACAUUGAUAACUUGGCAGAACAAGGUAUCGUAUAUAUUUAUAAUUACUCAUUUUAUUCGCUCAUUCUAAAAACUGACAUCCUGUAUUAUAUCUUUACAUAUUACGUACUACAGUUGUGGGUUCGAAUACUACUUGACUUAAGCUUAAAAGUCGCUAUUCUUCCCUCCUUCAAUAAGUAAUGACCAAUAAAGACUUCAAAUAAAAUAUUUGUGAGUACAUAAAUCAUCGGGUUGCUGUUUGACCCGGUUUUUAAUUUACUACCUUGAACUCAUUGCCUUGAAAGUCGUAAAAGAGACCCUUAGGUACAUAGGUAACUUAAUGAAGUACAAGCCUUUAAAAUGAAAAAUAGCUUGUUCUACGCAGCAGUCCAAGUAAUUAAAAGUUUUGGGUGUUAUUUCACCCCUUUCACACUUAGCUCAGUCAAGGUAUACAUAGUUGAUUUCAAUCUUCUACUUCUGUGAAUGAUUUUCAUUAAUUACUUCAUGUUGCUUUUCUAAAAAUAUUAAAUUACCAUUUUCCGGUGUAAUAAAAUUAGUCCCUAUGCAUACCAAUUCGUUCCUAUCUUACAGGAAUUCGUUCACUUUAUCGUGGUCUUGGUCCAACAAUAUUGAGAACAUUCCCAGCAACAGGAGCUUUAUUUCUAGCUGUAGAAUGGACUCGUAAAUGCGGCCAUUGGUUACUAGAUUGAGAAAAUAAACGAGUUGAGUAACCUCAACACUUGUCUUUCAACUAUUGUCAUGUGUUUUGUUGUUUCCUGUUUUCGUCCGUUUCUGAUCAUUUCUAUCUGUAAACUCUACUGCUUGUCCAAUUAGCUUCUCUAGUCUUUUGCGGAUUCACCCACUACAGAUAAUUCUAUUUUUUUAUGUCAACACAAAAUACAUACAUUUAGCAUAUUUCUGAAGAUUUGAUUUACCCAUUUUUUACUCAAUAAAUGAAAUUGCAUCAACAAAUGUUUUUUUAAAAUACAAAAUAUACAUGUAUUAUGACGUA